AUUUUCUUUUCUCCCUUUGAAUAGUUUCAAAGUUCAUCAUAUAACUACUUACUAUGUUGUUUUGAUUUAUGAAUUUGAAUUUUUAAAAAUUUGAUUCAAUUUAGAAUAUCUGGUGCAGUAUAUAAAUUAUUCAAUGACCUUUUUUUGCGGUGGUGGGGAUUUUUUUUUAAUAUUUGUACUAAGCUUACGAGUGCUGAAAAAUUUGACAAGAUAUUAAUUGAUCAAAAUUCGAUAGUUUGUAACAAUUUAGUGAUAAUUUUGGAUUUUUAACCGUUUAAAAUUAAUUUUGACAUGUUUGAGUCCAUGUUUUUAAAAUUAAUGCUGCGAUUAUCAAAUUAACGUGUGUAUAUCAGAUUUUGUGAUUGAAGGGAGCAAUUGUAAGGGUACGUUUGAUACCAUGGAAAUGAAAUUUUAUUGGUAUUGGAAUGAAGUGGUAAUUGAUAUAAACUUGUACUACUAUUAACUAUUCUACUUUAAAUCUGAAUCAUUUGUUCGAUUAAAUGAAGUAAUUGGAGUUUAUGAAUUUGUAGUUCAAAAUCCACCAAAUCUGAAAUUAAUCGAAAAGAGAGUGUGAUUGAAUUCACUAAAAAGUUAUUUUAGCACAAACAUGGCGGAGGCCACGGUCAUAGGGAUGAUACAAGAUCUCGAGAUUUUGCAUCGUACAGGCUCUAACGAUCGUGCAUUCAUCGGGAUAAAAAUUAAAGAGCUGAACGAGAUGUUGGAUUUCUUGAGAGAAUUUAGUAUGGAAGAGAGGAGCAGGCUAAAAUAUUUAACGGCUGACUUGGUCGAGUUAGCUCAAGAUGUCAUGGAUGAGAAAUUUAGAGUUAUGACACGUGAGGCAUUAAUAAAAUAUAGUUUCUCAUUCAAUCCCCAUCCCAAACUCAAGCGCCUCCAUGAUGAGAUCAAGGUGAUAAGGAUGCGGAUGAUAAACUUUGGAGUUGAUGAGAAAAAUAUUGGAGACGAAGAAGGAGAAGAAGAGGAAGUUGCGGUUGGGUUGGAGAAAGACGUGAAGAAGUUGCUUGACAAAGCAAUUUUUAGAAAAUCUAAUCGCUUAAGGAGUUUUUGUAUAAAAGGCAUGAUUGGUAUCGGGAAGACAACUCUGGCCAGACAAGUGUACAAGGCCGGCGCUAGCCAGUUCCAGCGUCAUGCCUGGGUAUCCAUUUCUAGAGGCACGAGUAGGAAAGAGAUACUUAUGAAACUGAUACAGCAAAUGGUGGUUGGAUAUGAAAGGGGUCCGUCAUUGGACGAAAUGGACAACCGAAGUCUCCAACAGAUGCUUCACCUGCAAGGAUUGUCAUUUUUCAUAGUCUUAGAUAAUAUACAGGAAGUAACGGAUUUUAAUUACUUCUUCAAAUUUCUUCGAUUCAAAGGCCUUACAGGCAGGUUGCUGAUAACAAGUCGCUGUGAGCUCAUGGCAAACGACAUCGACUAUACUCAUGAGAUGAGUGCUCUGGAUUCUGAUAAGAGCUGGCAAUUGUUUUUGAAAACAAUUAAUAAAUAUACAAGGGAUGAGAACAAAUUCACAAAGGAUUUGGAGAGGAAGGGCAAAGAGAUGUUGAAAAAAUGCUGGGGUUUGCCAAUGGCUAUUGUAAAUGUUGCAAGGCAAAAAGCAAAUCAAAGACGUUCAGGGAUUGAAUGGGAAGAGCUUUUUGAUUCAAUUGAUUUGAGUGAAUCAUUGAAGUUAUUGGAACCAAUGUAUCAUGAAUUGGAAGAAAGUGUCAAGCCACAGUUCUUGCAUUUCUCCCUUUUUAAGGAAAAUGCAAAAAUGAGACAAGAAAAGUUGGAACAUAUUUGGGCUGCAACUGGAUUACAUUUUGGAGGAGUUGCUAGGGGUUUUGCUUGUAGAUCGAUUCUUGAAGUCGUGAAGCUGCACUUUGAGAAAAGAAAGUAUCGCCUCCAUCCCCUACUACACAUGAUAUCCAUCCAAAAAGCAGAAGAGGAAAUGGGCUUAGAGAUUUUAAGGAGCAAUGAAAACAAUAGGCCCUCUCAGGAUUCCCAUCAUCGUGUUAUCCACUGUGGCAGAGACAAGUUUAAUCAUUUAAUGAAUGAAGAUAACAAAUAUCUUAUUUCUCUCAUCUUCCAUGGAGGUGGUGGUUACUUGGAUGACACUAGCUCGUCUUAUUGGGAGAGUUUUGAAUCACUCAAAAUAAUUGACAUGGAAGAUUUUGGGGUGAAGACUUUAUCAGAAGCAAUGGGUGCAUUGACUGAGUUAUUAUACUUGGGAUUGAGAAACAAUUACAUACAAGAAAUCCCACACUCGUUAAUGGGUCUGGAAAAGCUUAAGGUUCUUGAUAUAACUCUGAACUUUAUUGCGGAGGUGCCAAACACUAUAGAGCAAAUGGGAAACCUUCGUGAUCUCCACAUGUCUAAUGUGAUUUUUCGGAAGCCUUUGAAAGUAGAUGCGCUGCGGAAGCUGAUGAACCUAACAUACAUCUCGAUUUAUGAUUGGACAUAUGAGGACCCGAGCUUCAAGUCAAUGUAUGACUUAAAAACGUUGGGCGUUGAAGAAGUUGAUGAAAAUUCAGAUGUAGGCACGCUCUUUGCAACACUAGCUAAGCUUCUGAGCUUUGAAAGACUUUUCAUAAGAGGGUUUCGUUACAGAAACAUGCCGUGUUUGGACGAAAUUGGUGUUAUAAAAAGACUCAAGGUACUAAAACUACAUGGGCGCAUAGGUAGGCUACCAAGUGCAGAUAAUCUACCUAAAGAGAUCAGGUACAUAGCAUUGAUAAAUACUUGUCUUGACGAAGACCCCAUGCCAAUAUUAGAGAAGCUCAGUUCCCUAAGCAAGCUCAAACUGCGAAAUGCAUACACUGGUCGAGAAAUGGUGAUCGAAGAAGGCGGAUUUCGAAGGCUCGAUGCACUGUGCAUCAAUGAAUUGUGGAAUCUUAGGAUGAUACAAGUUGAUGAAGAUGCAAUGUGUAAUCUCACGAAACUUGAAAUCAACAACUGUCCACAUCUGGAGACACUCCCAGAAAGGAUUCGGUCGAUGCCUGGACUGCGAAAGUUUAAGAUGGUAACAACCAAACACAUUGCAAAAAAGAUCAGACAUUCAGGUUUGACCUCCAAAGUUUUGGAGGAGGAAAUCAUUCCAUGAUCUGAAGUUGAUAUAUAUAUCUGAAGGUGCAAUGUCGACCGAUAAGUGUACCUCGACCACAGAGAUAGAGGCUGAAUCACCAUCACCAGUUCGACCAUUCCAAUUCUUCUCACUCCCCCGAGGGCCAUCACCAGACCUCACCGCGAAGUUCAUCAACCAUGGUAUCUUGCAGAUUGUUGAAAAGUAAAAUGUGGAAAAUAAAACUCAAGAACUCUUGAAGACUACAUUGUGAUUGAUUUGAAUUGGUGUUGUUGAUCCUAUUUAUAGGACUAGAGAAGUAAAUGUGCCUAGGGACUUAUAAACUUGGGACUCUACCAUAGUAAUGAUAUAUUGCCUUGAGACCCUAA